AUUCUCUGUGGAAUUGACACCACUGGAAGGUACCCGAAGCUUCAUCCAAUUUUGAGCGAUUUCCUUCAAUCGGAAAAAUGGGAGAGAAAGAAAGGCGCAUCUUCUCUAAUGAAUCCCUUCAAAGCGGUUGGCUCAGCGAUUAUCUCCGUCCCUGAUACUCUCUUCGAUGGCUUCUCCAAGAUGAUUAAUCGUCGCCCGCUUACUGAUCGAUCCGAUGCCGGUUCCAAUGUCUCCGCCCCCACAAUGUCGAUGACAUCACGGUCAUCUCUUGUCAGUGACACAUCAAAUUUUGCUAUCCUCGACCAGAAUGAUUCCGACAACAUUCCCUUUCGCCUUCUCUUCAUGCUAGUUGAUGAAGUCUUCAGUCUGCAAGGCAAGACCCAACUCUUUCGACGUGGCACUUUAGCUAUCCUUCGAAACAUUGUUCAAACCUUCUUUGGGGAUAUUAUGAAUCGUCGGAUUGUUGAAAAGGCUAAGAACUUGAUCAGUGCUAAGCAAAUGGCUACCUACGCGGGUAUUCUUCGUGAUGUUCUCUGGCCCAACGGCUCGCAGGUUCAAGCAAAUGGAGUUUCUCAAGAUGGUGCUCAGGAGAGUUGUCCACUUCGAGAUGAAGCCAUGAAACUCCGAACUCGUGUUCUCUGUCGGGCUGUCAUGUUUGGCAGUGUUGCUGGUGCGUUUCUUUAUUACUACUUGUCUCUCUCUCUUUCACUAUUAACAAUUGGGUUUCCAUUUUGGGGCCUUUUCUUCUUCUUCUUCACACCCUGCUCUUGUGCUCAUUAA